AAAAAAUGCAAGAUAAAAUCCAUUGGUCAACGACACGUGAAGAAAUUGAAGCUUUUAAUAAUUGGUUAGAAAUUGUUGAAGAACGAUUGGAGAAACAGAGGGAAGAAGAAGAAUUAUGUGAAAAAUUGGCAGUUGAAGGAAAUGCUGAAUAUCAAUUUAAAUUGGCGAAUCUUUAUCAUGACAAGGGUAAUUAUUCGAAAGCAUUCGAAUGGACGGAAAAAGCUGCUCAUCAAGAUUAUCCAGAAGCACAAUUUAAUGUAGGUGUACUGUAUGAAAAGGGAGAAGGUAUCGAACAAUCAAAUACGAAAGCUUUCGAAUGGUAUGAAAAAGCUGCCAAUCACAAUCUUGCCAUUGCCCAAUACAAACUUGGACGAUUAUUUAUGGAUGGAGAAGAAGUCGAACAAUCUGACGAAUUAGCAAUUGAAUGGAUCAAGAAAUCAGCAGAGAAUGGAAACUUCCUAGCUCAAAAUACUUUGGGAAAUAUUUGUCUGGAAGGUGAAUAUGGUGUGAAACAAUCAUAUCAGGAUUCUAAGCGUUGGUUUAAACAGGCUGCCAAGCAAGGAUUUGCCAUGGCUCAAUAUAAUUUAGGAUUACUCUAUAAGAAUGGCGAGGGAGACAUUUCACAAUCAUAUUCGAAAGCUCUCAAAUGGUUCAAAUUAUCAGCUGAACAAGGAUACAAUGCCUCUCAAUACAAUUUAGCAAUUCUCUACGAACAAGUAUUUGGAGAAUUCCAACUGGCCGUUAAAUAUUACACAAAAGCAGCCAAAAAAGGAAAUUCUGGAGCUCAAUGUGAUUUGGGAUGUAUUUAUGCAAGUGGUGGUGAAGGAAUUCCUCAAUCAUUUGAGAAGGCACGUGAGUAUUUUGAAAUGUCAGCCAAUCAAGGACAUUCUGAUGCUCAGCUUAAUUUGGGAGUCAUGUAUUUGAAUGGAGAUGGAGUGGAGAAGGAUAAUGAGGAAGCUAUUAAGUGGUUUAGAAAAUCGGCUAGAGGAGGAAAUGAGGAAGCCAAUUAUUAUCUUCAAGGCUAUCCACCUCAACAACAGGGAGUCUAUGUACCACCAACAACACAGGAAGGUUAUGCACAACAACAAGGUUAUCCUCCUCAACAAGGAUAUGUUCAACAACAACCACAACAAGGCUACAUUCCUCCACAACAACCACAACAAGGAUAUAUGCCACCACAAGCACAACAAGGAGUCUAUAUGCCACCACAACAACCACAAAUUAUGCAACAACAAGUUACAACAACCACUACUACUACUGGAUCAUUGAUUGAACAAAUCUUUGCUCCUAAUAGAAAGAUUCAGGUCAAGCAAAGAAUUGAAGCUUUUGAAUUAUUGACUGGAUUUGAAACUGAGAAUAGAUAUGAUGUCCAUUUUGAAAAUGGAUAUCAAGCUGUUGCUUUGGAAGAAUCUGAUUGUUGUGCUAGACAAUAUUGUGGUCCAAGAAGACCAUUCAAGAUGCACAUUGCUUUGAAACAAAAUGGUCAAGAAUUCAUCACAUUGGAUAGACCAUAUUGUUUCUUCUUCCAUGAAGUUAAUGUUUUUGAAACUGCAACAAACACCUUGUUGGGUAAGAUUGAAUUGAGAUGUAGUUUAUUCUCUAGAGAAAUGAAUGUUUUUGAUGCUUCAGGAGUUAAAAUGUUUGACAUUAUUUCACCAUGUUGUGAAUGUUGGACUUUCCACAUUGAAAAGGAUGGUCAAAGAGUUGGUGAAAUUCGUAAAAAGUGGAGUGGUUUCCUCAAGGAAGCUUUCACAGAUGCUGACAACUUUGGUAUUGAACUUCCAGCUACUGCUACACCUCAACAAAAGGCUGUUCUUUUGGGAGCUUUGUUCUUGAUUGACUUCCUUUACUUUGAAGAUAGUGCCAACAAUAACAAUAAUCGUCGUUCUUGGAUUUAA